UCCCUCUCUGUCGGCUUGCUUCUCCCUCUCUCUUUCUCUCUCUCUUUCUCUGUCUCUCUCUCUUUGUCUCCGAGGUGUUUAACUUUGGGGAAACCUCGGGCUGCUGGGAGCUGGAGGCAUUUCUGCUCCGCAAGGGACGAAGCUGGACGAGGCGGCGGCGGCAACGGCGGUAGCAGCGGCGGCGGCAGCAGCAGCAGCAAAGAGGCAGCCACAUGCUCCAAGUGGGGGGUGUUAAAAGUUGAGACCCGAUUCCAGGCGCUGUAGAUCGAAACAGGUGCUGCUAGCAAGUCAUGAUGGUUGAAUCUGCCUCGGAGACAAUACGUUCUACUCCCUCCAGUCAGAAUGGGGUCAGCAGCCUAAACAAUCCAACUGAUGGAGGAGGCGGUGGUGGAUGUGGAAGAGAAGGAGGAGCCAGUGGAGAAACCAAUGGAGAAAUGAGCCCAGUGGAACUCUUGCAUUUUCAGCAGCAGCAGGCUCUUCAGGUGGCACGGCAGUUCCUUCUGCAACAGGCAACAGGGCUGACUUCUCCCAGCAGCAAUGAAAAUAAGCAGCCAGCAGUCCAGGUUCCAGUGUCUGUGGCCAUGAUGUCUCCUCAGAUGAUCACCCCACAGCAGAUGCAACAAAUCCUGUCUCCUCCUCAGCUCCAAGCUCUGCUGCAGCAGCAGCAAGCAAUUAUGCUGCAACAGCUGCAGGAAUACUACAAGAAGCAGCAGGAGCAACUUCAUCUGCAGCUACUGACUCAGCAGCAAGCUGGAAAGCAGCAAGCCAAAGAGCAGCCAUUAGGGAAUAAGCAGCUGGCAUUCCAACAACAGCUACUGCAGAUGCAGCAGCUGCAGCAGCAGCACCUGUUAAACCUCCAGCGACAAGGGCUGGUCAGUUUACAGCCAGGACAAGGCACCGUUCCUCUGCAGACCCUUCCACAAGCUGUGUGUCCCUCAGACCUUCAGCAGCUAUGGAAAGAGGUUACUGCUACUCAGCCUGUAGAAGACAGUAUCAAGCAAGAGGGACUUGACCUCAGCACCAACACCUCCAAUUCUACCUCGUUUUCGGCCGCCAAGGUCUCUCCUCCAAUUUCCCACCACCCUCUUCCCAAUGGACAGAACGCCAUGCUCACACAAAGGAGGGACAGCUCUUCUCAUGAGGAGACUCCUGGCUCUCACCCUCUGUAUGGACAUGGAGAGUGCAAGUGGCCUGGUUGUGAAACCCUCUGUGAGGACUUGGGACAGUUUGUCAAACACCUCAAUACAGAACAUGCACUUGAUGACCGGAGCACAGCUCAGUGUCGAGUUCAAAUGCAAGUGGUACAGCAGCUGGAAAUACAGCUAGCUAAGGAGAGUGAGCGUCUCCAGGCGAUGAUGGCCCACCUCCAUAUGAGACCUUCAGAGCCAAAGCCGUUCAGUCAGCCUCUGAACCUGGUUUCCAGUGCCACCCUCUCCAAGAGCACUUCUGAUACCUUCCCUGAUGGAUUACCUCAUCCCCCCACCUCUGCUACUGCACCCAUUACUCCAUUGCGGCAGGGCCCUUCUGUCAUCAGCUCAUCCACUUUACACAAUGUAGGGCCUAUUCGCAGGAGGAACUCAGACAAGUUCUGCACGCCAAUCUCCUCAGAACUUGCGCAGAAUCAUGAGUUUUACAAAAAUGCAGAUGUCCGCCCCCCCUUCACAUACGCCUCGCUUAUCCGGCAGGCUAUCCUUGAGACACCCGACAGGCAGCUAACAUUGAAUGAAAUCUACAAUUGGUUCACACGGAUGUUUGCCUACUUCAGGAGAAACACAGCUACCUGGAAGAACGCCGUACGCCACAACCUGAGCCUACACAAGUGCUUUGUCCGAGUGGAGAAUGUCAAGGGAGCCGUCUGGACUGUAGAUGAACUUGAGUACCAAAAGAGAAGGCCACCAAAGAUGACAGGGAGUCCAACUUUAGUCAAAAACAUGAUUUCUGGCCUUAGUUAUGGAGCACUUAAUGCCAGCUACCAGGCAGCCCUGGCUGAGAGCAACUUCCCUCUGCUGAACAGUCCUACCAUGAUCAACACAAGCUCCACUAGCGGCAUGCUACAUGUCGGCCAUGAUGAUGUGAGCAGCACUGUGGAACAAGUCAACAGUAAUGGCAGCAAUAGCCCCAGGCUUUCACCACAGCAGUAUAGCCACCAAGUCCAUGUGAAGGAAGAACCAACUGAGACAGAAGAUGACAGCAGACCUGUUUCUCUCAUGGCAACAACCAAUCAGAAUGUGACAAUUCCUGAUGACAGAGACAUGGAGGAGGAGCUGCCAGUGGAAGACUUGUCUUAAGGGCCCUCCCUCCUCACCUAGGCCCAGCAUUUCCCCAGAGACAAAGCAAUGGCUCCCACCUCCUCAAGGUGACCUUCAGCGUUAUCUUGUUUAAGGCACUUCUGCAAAGCAAAAGGGUUUCCUUGGGUCUACCCAUUGCUGAAGGCACACACUUCUUUCCCUUCCUUACAUCCCAGUGACUCUUAACAGACAUUCACAGAGGGGGAUGUGCAAAGAAACAAAAACCAGAGUUGAGCUUUUUCUUUAACUUUUUUAUUAUUUUAUAACUGAUAAACGAGGAUGGUAGGUUGGUUCUGUCCGAAGACUUCUUUGUUGCCUUCCCCUGCUCCAUCACCCCAUUCUCAUGGGGAUAAAAAGGUGUCUCGUAU